UCUCUCUCUCUCCUCUUUGCCGUGUUCGAGGGCAUAGUCGCAUAUAAAGCAAAGUAUCGGCCCCUUCCUUCUCCUUCUCCCUCUAUUUAUUCUCUCUCUCUCUCUCUCUCUAUACUCUCUCUCCUCACUCUCCUCUCUUUCUCUCUCUAAAUCUCGCCGCCGCCGCCGCCGUCCUCGGAAGGUUCGAUCUACUACACUUCUCCAUCGUCCCCUUCGAUGGCUCUUCCGUACUUGGAAGCUGUUCUGGGUUUUAUGAUAUUGAUGUACAUUUUUGAGACCUAUCUCAACAUUCGGCAGCAUGCAGCUCUAAAGCUGCCUACACUACCAAAACCAUUAGAAGGAGUGGUUAGUCAAGAAAAGUUUGAGAAGUCUAGAGCUUAUUCCCUUGAUAGAAGCCGCUUCCGUUUCAUUCAUGAAGCUGUGACUAUAUUGAUGGAUACUGCAAUAUUAUAUUUUGGAAUACUACCUUGGUUUUGGAAGAAAUCUGGAGAGUUUGUUGCAUAUGCUGGCCUGAAUGUGGAGAAUGAGAUUAUUCACACACUUUCAUUUUUAGCUGGUGUUAUGAUAUGGUCACAGAUUACGGACUUGCCAUUCUCUCUAUAUUCAAAUUUUGUUAUCGAGUCCCGCCAUGGUUUUAACAAACAAACCUUAGGGCUUUUCAUAAGAGACAUUAUCAAAGGGAUAGGUCUGUCCAUCAUACUUGGGCCACCUAUUGUGUCUGCAAUUAUCUAUAUAGUCCAGAAAGGAGGACCUUACUUAGCAAUAUACCUAUGGGGUUUUAUGUUUGUGUUGUCCAUUCUAAUGAUGACGCUUUAUCCCAUCCUAAUCGCUCCUCUAUUCAAUAAGUUCACUCCUCUUCCCGAAGGAGAACUUCGAGAGAAAAUAGAAAAACUAGCAGCCUCUCUAAAGUUUCCUCUAAAAAAGCUAUUUGUGGUUGAUGGAUCUACAAGGUCAAGCCAUAGUAAUGCAUAUAUGUAUGGGUUCUUCAACAACAAAAGGAUUGUUCUUUAUGACACGUUGGUUCAACAGUGCAAAAAUACGGAAGAAAUUGUUGCAGUUAUUGCCCAUGAACUUGGACACUGGAAACUCAACCACACGAUGUACUCCUUCAUUGCUGUCCAGAUUCUCUCAUUUCUGCAAUUUGGAGGGUAUACUCUUGUAAGGAACUCAAAGGAUCUCUUUCGGAGUUUUGGUUUUGACACUCAACCAGUGCUUAUAGGCCUCAUCAUUUUUCAGCAUACUGUUAUUCCUGUACAACAUCUUGUUAGCUUUGGUCUCAACCUUGUUAGUAGGGCCUUUGAGUUUCAGGCUGAUGCUUUUGCCAAGAAACUAGGUUAUUCUGCACCACUUCGAGCAGCUCUUGUGACGCUUCAGGAAGAGAACCUGUCGGCAAUGAACACGGAUCCAUGGUAUUCGGCUUAUCACUAUUCCCAUCCCCCUCUAGUCGAAAGACUCGCAGCUCUUGACGAGCCUGGAAGCAAGAAAGAAGAUUAAUUGAAGCUGCCUACUACUGUUAUCUUAUCACUUUUUCAAUCUUCGUAUUUUCCGAAUCCGCGCGCUUUAUGAGGAGCUGAAUCGAAAAAAAGGUAAAAAGUGCCUUAGAUGUUAGAUCAAAGGUUUUAUCUCUCUGAGUUAUAGUACUUUAUAGUUCUGUUUAAGGGUCUAUCUCGCGACUUUGUUUACCUUUUUGCACAGAUAUCUAUGUUGCCUGUACAAUAGAAACAUAUGUUUGCGUAGCCUUCAAUAAAGUUAUUCCAAGGUUAACUAGCCAUUCCAGUUUUCUUCAAA